AUGAAAACAAGUGGACCGGACGCUGAUUAUGGUAUGGCUGAACUACUAUUAGAAAUACUAUCACCAGAACAAAUGGAAAUUAAAAAAACAGACUUCCUUGCUUCAUUACAAAGAGCUAAUGUUGAACAAAUAGAAAUCGAUACCAGAAAACAAAGUGACUGUGAUAAAUGGUUUCAAGAGCGAAGAUCCAAAGCUAUACAGUAUGGAAAGGCCAUGGAAGAUGUUGCAAGAAAAAAAGCUGAACGUUUUUUAUCUAAAAAAAUAUAUGAAUGUGGUUUAUUUGUGGAUAAGGAAAUAGGAUAUUUAGCAGCUAGCCUAGUUGGGCUGAGUAAUGCAGUUCAGAAUGUUACUCAUACAUUGCCACUAACUACAACCGAUGGAAUUUGCUACAGUGACACUCCAGUUGAGCUGAAUGAUGCAGUUCAGAAUGUAAAUCCCAAAUUGCCACUAACUACAACCGAUGGAAUUAGCUACAAUGACACUGCAGGUACUGCUACAGAUGAGGAUGGAGGAUUUGUAGAAAAGAUCAAUGUUGUUAAUACUGAUGUUAGUCCUGAAAAUCCUUUAGAAAUAUAUGAUACUGAUAAAAUAGGUCUUGGGUUGAACAAUUUUAAUGAUAACACUGAUCUCAAGUUACCUAUCGAUAAUGAUCCUAAGCUAGUUUUAAAUAAAGGACCUUGUCAGCCUGAUUAUAAAUCAAUGCCGAAUAUACAUUUCCCUGUAACUAAUGGUAGACAUUUUAGACCUGAAUGGUUUGUUAAAACAAUAUCAGAUGGAACAUCAGUAAGGCGAGACUGGAUGUCAUAUUCAUUAAGUGAAGAUAAAGUUUAUUGUAUACUAUGCAUGAUUAGUGGAGAAAAAAAUUGUUGGACAACAAAUGGUUUUAACUCUUGGAAAAAGGCUACUUUAAAGUUAAUUUCUCAUGAAACUUCAUAUAAACACAUUAAAGUCUGUCUUCAGUUAAAAUUAAUUGAUAAUUGCUUACCAUUACUUCCCGCCCUUGAAGAAAGUAAUAAAACCAUGGUAGCUACAAAUAGAUUCAUUGUAAAUCAGCUUGUUGAUAUUACUAUAUACCUUGCAAGACACUGUCUUGCAUUUCGUGGACACAGGGAAAAUUGGAAAUGUUCAGUAAUUGAUGUUGAAGGUAAUUUUAAAGACCUAGUAAUUUUACUGGCAAAAUAUUCUCCAAGUUUAGCAGCUUAUAUAACAGGCCUCCAAACUAAAAAAAAAUGUCAAUUUACUUUUGUUUCAUGGAUGCGUCAAAAUCAAUUGAUCGAAGCAACUGCAAAAUAUAUUCGAGGUAUAAUAGUUAAAGAUAUAAAAGUCGCCAAAUUUUUCAGUAUUUCGAUGGACACCACAUUCGACAAUUCUAAAAAAGAACAGUUAUCUUUUGUUCUAAGGUACAUUAACGAAGCUGGGAUUGUAAAUGAAAGACUUCUUACCAUGAAAGAAUGUUCAAACACAACUGGUCAAUAUCUCUUUACAGUCUUUGAAAAAAUUUGUGAUGAAAAUGGUCUUGAUUGGAAGCAUUACUUAGUAGGUCAAUCUUAUGACGGGGCAUCAAACAUGAGAGGAACUUACCAAGGUGUACAGUCUUUAAUUAAGUCUUUCAAUUCUGCGGCGACUUAUGUCUGGUGCUAUGCUCAUAGACUGAAUCUCGAGCUUACAGAUGCAGUAAGUUGUCCUUAUAAUGCAAAAGACAUGUUUGGAAUUGUAGAAGUUAUAUAUGAAUUUAUAUCUUCAAGUAAAAACAGGGUUGCAAUAUUUGAAAACUAUCAGAGAACUCUAUACCCGGGAAAACAAAUAAAACGGUUUAAAAGAGUGCAAACCACUAGAUGGUGGUCUCAUGACUUAGCCUUAAGAACAGUUAUUUCAACUUUUGAUGCAUUAAUUGAAACAUUAACUGUAAUAGAAGAAAAGUGUGGAUCAAAUGACCGGAAAAGUGCUUUCCAUGCAAGAUCUCUACGGGAAAGUAUAAUUAGUGAUCGAUUUUUGCUUACUGCAUUAACUUAUAUAGAAGUUUUUGAUAUAAUUACUCCGCUAAGUAAUAUUCUUCAAGCCAAAGACAUGGAUUUACUGGGAGCAGUUGAUUCAGUUUUUAAGUCUAUUAAUAGCUUACAGAAACUUAGAAACGAUAGCAAAUUUACUGAAAUCAUUAAUGAGUUAAAAGAAUUCAAAAAUAAUUCUACAUUAAAUAUUGAAGAUUUUAAGCCUUUACAGAUGAAUCGUAAGAAAGUUGUACCUCGUAUGUAUGAUGAAAAAUCGUUAGAUGAUGCUAUUGAUGAACCAUUGAAAAAUUUUAAAGUAAACACUUAUUAUUGUGCCAUUGAUUUAACUCUUACUCAAAUGAAAGAUCGAUUCAGUGAUAUUUCUACGGGCAUUUUCAAAGAUUUGUCUCUUUUUUCACGACGACGCAUUAAAGAAAUAGCAAACGAUACCUCAAAACUACCAUCAGAUGCAUUUUUAAUUUUUAGUUCAGUAUAUGAAAAAUUUGUUGACAGAAGUGAUCUUAUACGAGAAUACAUACAGUUUUCUAAAUGCUAUUUUGACUUUGAAAAAAAUAAAUUUUUGCCGACAAAACUACAUUCUGAAAAAAAGAAAAUACAAAUAGAAGCACUUGAUGAAAACUAUGAAUCAGAUUCAGAUACAUCCGAUGAGCAUGAUAAUGACCACUUACCAACAAAUAACCAAGGUGAGGUUAUUGGGAGUGCACUACCUACAAAUGGAACUAGUAUGGCCAUAGUUUUGCAAGUAUUACGUAUAAGUGGUCUAUCAACAGUAUUUCCUUCUCUACAUAUAGCACUAAAAAUAAGUCUAACCUUGCCUGUAGCUAGUGUUACCACUGAAAGAAGUUUUUCAAAACUUUCCAUUGUGAAAAAUAAACUUAGAAGUACUAUGAAUGAAGAUAGAUUGGACUCUUUAAUGAUUAUAGCUUGUGAGCCUGACAUACAUAUAAAUAAUGAUGAUAUAAUUAAUGAAUUUUCUACAUCUAGCCCUUUACUUUUAAAUGCACUAGGGCGUUAA